AUGUCCAACGCGAGCGAGAGCAGCGAAAAUGCUGCAGCUUCGUCCCAAAAUGGCAGUGUUUUACAACGCCCAGCAAAUCCCGGCCCGGCCUCACAAAUGUGGCCUACUCCAUCAUCACCUCCACCAACCACGGUGGCGAUGCAGAACCACAGACGAAUGGUUUACCAUCAACUGCAAUCACAGCUCAUUUGCCCUGAUGAUCAAGAAAAACUCCUCUGCGAGUGGUUCGUCAAGGUACCAGACGCCAAGGAGCAGGCCGCUAUAGAAAGAACUCGUGCUUUCUUCGGCAAAGAUCCUUACUCCGCGCCAUAUCACAGCUACUAUAUCUCUGGUGAAGUAAACGAUGACUACAUCAGGUUCGUGAUCCGCAGCGGCCUUCGACGCGGGCGCAUUUCACAACAAGAUUUAAGGGAAUUCAUUACCGAACGAAUGGUCCCUUUUGAGGAAUCAGGUCUAAGAUUUUCCCUUGUCCUGAUUCGCAUAAAGUCCUACCUCUGUCUCGAACGCAGGAUACCUUUCCUUUUUACUAUUCGUGGUCCGGGCGGUACAGACCCUGGGCCUAGGGGAGCACGCAUCGUGGCACAAGUGACCACUGACGGGUUGGUCGACUUUACAGAGCUCAAGAGUGGUAAAUCUGUUGAGGGGACAGUUGAAGCUGAAGAGGCAGAGCCCCAGAACACCUCUCUGCAAGAAGUCCUAAAAUCCUACUACACCAAUUACAGCCUAUAUCGGAAAGAGGUUGACCAAUCACCUGUGAGUAGCGUGCUUUCUAAGGAGAAGUCUCAUGAGGACGAUGGCAGGUCGCCUGUGAGCGGCGAGCCUUCUGAGGAGAAUGGUGGUGAGGGUGGUGUCCAUAUAUCGCCUAUGGACGAUGAGUCGUCCGAGGCGGUUGAUGAGGACGAUGGCCAUGUUUCCGACGACUCUUAUAAUCAAACUACAGCGCCUACGUCCUGCGGUAGCGAGACUGGCGAGUCGGAUUACCAAGAGCGCCGUCGCAUAAUCGGAGAAUUGUACAAGGCAGUAGCCGAGCAAUCCAAGCGACGCGCUCGAAAGGAGCUAGAACAUAUGUGCUUGAAGAUUAGCCUAUGUGACAAAAUGGCAGAUCUUAAAAGUCUGGCAAAGCGAAUGAGUGAGACGGAAGACCAAAUGGAUCAGCACGAACGGAAAAUCGAGGAUAAAAAGUUCACGAAUCGAGAGGACCAGCAGACGCUACAUACACACACGGGGCAGCGGAAAUCUACUGUUUGA